AUGGAGUCAUUAGCUGAAUGCACCUGCAUACUCCGUACCGCAACAACGUCUGGACUUGGAUUCGAGAUUUUCACACCAGAAUUCCUCGGCACGUUCGCGGUGAUCUUCCCCUUAGCCGCAUAUCCCUUCAUGUUUUCAGACCGGGACCGAACCUGCCAACAUGUCCUCGGUUUAACGGCCAUGUUCUCCUUAUUCGUCCAAAUAGCCAAUAACUACGCCUGGGCUAUGGGCUACAAUUAUGCCAAGUUCUCGUCUUGGCUGCUCCCCUUGACGAUAUUCUCCGCGUUCGUCAGCCUCUGGAGUGGGGAAGGACAUGAGGCGGAUAUCGACUGGCAACCGGUGCCUUUUGUCGACCCCGAUGCCAAAUAUGUCAUGCUGACAUUCUACAUGUUCCUGUCUCACAUCUUCACAAAAGUCAUUUCUCGCUUCGCACCGGCAACCUCGACAAAUGACGCGUUCUAUCUCCUAGCCUUAGUCUUUACCGUUUUCAGGUUCGCCAAUGACAUCUUCGAAGACUUCACGAAGAUCACCGCCACGAUAUACCAUCGCCUAGCAACGCGGCGCGUUCCUGGCUGGUUUUGGAUCCAUGCUGACGAGCCCGGCUUGUUCAGGCCUAAAUGGAGCGUCGUACUUACGGUGGUUGUGGGUAUAUCCGCGCCGGUAUUGGCGUUUUUAUGGGCGUACAGCAUGGGGUAUGUCGUAUCAAUAAGUCCAGAUUUUGAUUUCUCUACUGGAUUUGUGCCUAAUUCCAACUUAUCGCAAUGUUAUUGCACGUGGAGUAGCCUCCGUGGGGAUGACGAGUAUAUCCUAUAG